UUUUGGAUGAACAUGUUAGCAAGUACCUGAACCCUGCCUGUUUCCUUUACUUUAUAUCUCCGUGGGUCAACUAUCACCGUGUCUGCCAUCGUUUGCACAGAGUACCUGUCCAGUGGCUGAUGAAGUAAUCAUUCCAGCACGAAUGUGGGCUGACCAGCUUGUGUUUCCUGAUGAAUGUCUCUGCACCUCCUGCAGCCUGCAGUCAUGCUGCCACUGAAGGAGAAGGAUAAACCCAUCGUUCAGAAGUUGCUGUCAGCCGGCUGCUGCGCCCGCUGCGUCCUCAGGUUCUGCUGUGUGAGCGUUCAGGCAGCCUAUCGACAGCCCCAACAAGAUACACUCAAGGAACUUCAAGCUUUUAUAAGCAAUACAGAGAACACCAAAUCCCAAGAUGCAGCAGCAGCAGCAGAGUCCACUGAAGGAAACAACAAAUCCCAAGAUGCAGCAGUGUCAGAACCACCUGAAGACCCACCAAGUAAAAGAGCAAAACUGGAGCCCAGUGCGACUGGUGCUCUGUCAGAGGAAGACACUGCUGCUGUGGUCAAACUGAAGGAUGAAGUGUCAGGUGUGUGUGUGGUGUGUUUGGGGAUCCUACAGGAACUCUGUGGCACACCUCAGGCUGUAAAGAUCGCUGAGGCAGUGACAGCAGAAAAGUACGAGUUUGACAGCCUGGUGCUGUCUGUCUCUCUGCCUGCUCAGCUGUGUGUCCGAGAGCACUCCUGUUGGCUUCAUGUGAAGAAGGAACUGAGAGAGAAAAGUGUUGCAGCGGACAAGGACGACGUCAUCCAGGUGAAGGAGGCAUUCAAGUGGAUCAUGCAGGGCCCGGUCACCAAAGAGCUGGGGGGCGUUGCUGUGGUUACCAGGAGUUUGUUCGAGGUCGGCAUAGAGUUCACUCACCCAGAGACAGACGCCGACUGCCACUUCCUUGCGUCAACGUGUCCUGACUGCUUCAAACCCACCAAGAACAAACAGUCGGUGUUCACCAGGAUGGCGGUGGUCAAAGCUUUGGAAAAGAUAACUGACGCCAAGUUUCUAAAACACUACCCUUGUCCACCAGCACAGCCGACCAGCAGCUGCAUCCCUCAGGACGUCCAGUGUCUCCACGUGUCUGUCUUUGUGGCAGGGAGGUACAACAAGUUCUGUCGCAGUCUGCCUCAGACUCCCUGGGUGAUCGAUGGCGAGAGGAGGAUGGAGUCCUCGGUGGAGGAGCUGAUCGCGGCACCCAUCCUGACUUCCUUCAGAGCCAACGGAUUUAAUUUCUCAUCAUCCGGCAGAGAGGACGUGGAUGUCCGGACUCUUGGAAACGGUCGUCCGUUUGCGAUGGAGCUGCUGAACCCUCACAGAUCCAGACUGAGCAAAGUGGAGAUGAAGCAGCUACAGGAGACCAUCAACAAGUCUUCAGACAAAAUCAGGGUGAGAGACCUGCAGAUUGUUACCAGAGAGGCCAUGAGUCGGAUGAAGGAGGGAGAGGAGGAGAAAACCAAGUCGUACACAGCGCUCAUCUGGACCCAGAAACCCAUUCAGAGGGAAGACAUCACCUUCAUUGACGACAUCAAGGAACUGACUCUGGACCAGAAGACUCCUCUGAGGGUUCUGCACCGGCGGGCGCUGGCUGUUCGUCAGAGAGUCAUCCACAGCAUGAACACCCGCUUCCUGGACUCCCAUCACUUCUACCUGGGGCUGAAGACGCAGGCUGGGACUUACAUCAAAGAGUUUGUCCAUGGAGACUUCGGUCGCACCAAACCCAACCUGUGCCAACUGCUGAAGACAGAUACAGACAUCCUGGAGCUGGAUGUGGAGUCUGUGGACGUGGACUGGCCUCCAUCCAUACCAGAGUGAACGCUGCCCUCGUCCCGUAUCCAUAAGGCCACGGCUUCGAUCUCACUGAGACUGAACCGGUUACGUCAGCUGCCUAGGAGCUCUAGACUAAACCACCGACCAGUUUCAGAGACUGAAAAUGUGUCGGUGUAAAGCAGGUUGGAGUCCUGGUCUCUUUAUGUGUUGGUUCUGGGUUUGCCUUUAUGACGGGAUCCUUACUUGUUUCACUAGAAAACACGUUCUAGUGGUCUUGUUCUGUUUUUCAGGCAGGUCAUUUUUUUUGCAAGGCUGUGAGUCUGUGGCCAUGCAGCCAAAUUAAGGAUUGAAGUUCGUUACGCCUGAACUGAAUGGAUGAAAAGUUAGAGUCAACUUUUUUUUAUUGUUAGAUCUUUACCGCCAGUGUCCCGAGGCUGGCACCACAGUUAUGGUCAUGUUAGCUAAAUCUAAAGGGUUUAUUCUUUGUAUGGAGGUCAUUGUAGGACAUCUCAGGCUGGGCACGGUCCGCUAGCAUUACUGUCCUCAUGCAAACCUGUAAUUCUGCAGCAGGUUUUAGCUUCACAGGUUUUUCACGAUCUCACAGGUGAUGACUGUCGGUCUGAAAAUAACUGACAAACCAGUGUUUAAAUCUGAGAUUUCAACAACCCAAAUCAACAACAAUUGAUUUAAAAAAAAAAAAAAAAAUUGAUCUUUCUCCCACAUAGGCUAUGCUAACAUUAGCA